UGUUUAAUUUUUCAGCUUGGUCGAAUGGAACACGCGGAGAUGGACUCGGUGCCAGGAGGCAGUUCAUCAUUGGAAGCCACGGCCAGCGAACAAUCCCACCUUAAACCAUCGGGCAAUACAGCCAUCAAGUGUCUGAAAUGUGAAAAGGUUUACAUCUUUCCAGCAGAUAGAGAUGAUUGCUUAGCCCAUUUGUAUCUGGAGCAUCGUCUGGUUAUAGCCGAUGUAGAAGAUAUAGCAAUGUUGGAGGAGUAUUUGCAAUUCUGGGAGAAGCAGUUUCAGGACCAUGAAUUUGAGCAAUAUUGUACGACCAUGUUCUUGGACCAACUGCCAGAUGGUACCUAUGCCAAAAAUGAAAAAUAUUAUCUGCUCUGUGAUAUCCUGCCGCAGGACUAUGAAUUGCGCCAGAGCUUGAAGGAGCAGCGCCUUAAAUCUGCUCUGGAGCGCCAUCAUUACGAGCUGACGGAUCGGAAUUUUAGCAAGGAUUGUCUCUUUUGUCGCACCGUGAUCAAGGGUUUACGUGCCGACUAUUUGGAUCAUUUGUUCGAUAAGCAUUUUCUGCUUGUCGGCAAACCCGAAAAAUUGGUCUAUGUCGAUGAGCUGCUCAAUCAACUGGAGAAGAAUCUAAAUAGAUUGAUUUGUCUCUUCUGUGAGAAGACAUUCAAAGAUCGGCCCACUCUCAAGGAGCACAUGCGCAAGAAGGGUCACAAACGCAUCAAUCCGAAUCGCAAAGAGUAUGACAAAUAUUUCCUCAUAAAUUACAAUCGUGGAUCACAGCCACAGCAAUCCCGUCAAGGCCAUCAAAAGAGACAGACCUCAAGAAGAAAAUGCUCCAAUUCCACUGUGGAGAAGGAGGGAAGUGUGGACUUUGAUAAGCAUUUCGCUCGCCAGGAUUCGGAUGGGGAACACGACUCCGAUUGGUCGGAUUGGGCCGGCGAUGAUGAGGCUGAGGGUAAUUCCUUUAAAUGUCUCUACUGCCCACAUUUGGACAAUCAGUUUGCGGAUCUCAAGCAGCACAUGAAUGAGAUUCAUCAUUUGGAUUUCGAAAUGGAAACCAAAUCCCUGAAUUUCUAUGAACGUGUCAAAAUUGUAAAUUAUGUGAGGCGGCAAAUUUGCAUGCUGAGAUGUGUUAGCUGUGAUCUUCAGUUCGAUGAAUUUGAUUUACUCGAGGAACACAUGACCCAGGAGUUGCAUUGUGGCAUUGGGCGGCGCUUGAACUGGGAUAAGCCAGAGUUCUUCUUUCCCUACAUGGAGAAUGAUGGUUUGUUGUGUGUCCUGGAUGACACGGGAGCGGAUGAAGAGGAAAUGGAUAUGGUACGCAUCAUAUCGGAGGAUAGUAUGGCCGAAAUCAACAAGGAUGCGGAGCGUUUGUCCUUGGAGAAUUUUAAAUUGUAAAUUAAUUUAAUUGGAAUCUUUAUAUUUUUUUAUU